AUGAGUUCAUCAUCAAAUAAUAACAGUUAUAGAGGAGGUGGAAGAGGCGGAGGAAGAGGUGGAGGACGAGGAGGUGGACGAGGAGGUUAUCAUAAAAAUUCAUCAUCCAAUAAUGUUGACUCUAGACCCACUCACUUCUUUGCAGUAAAAAUCAAUUCAACAUCUAUUCUGGAUGAUGUCAUGAGUUGGCAAGCCUCCGCAUUACUUGAACAUAAGAAUAGAAUUCAAUCAACAAGUCAGACGGAUCAAGCAUUUGAUUUGGAAGAUUAUCUCAUUGAACGUGAAAAGAUGCACUUUACCAUGUUUGUCUUGACGCUCGAUACACAAGAUGAUCUGAACAAUUGUAUUCAAAUCUUUAAAAGUUGUCAAGAGGACUUGAAGAAAAUUAUGCAAAAUAAUUUAGAACAAUUUCCUUUCUCUUUCAAGUUAUCUGGCGUUCAUACAUUUGAAGACAAAGCAUUCAAGAAGGGAAGGGUGAUUUUUUCAGAGCCAAGCUUUACUCACCAACUAGGACAGAAAAACUUUUUAGAUUUGUCGACUUGUAUUUAUGAAAAACUUAAGGAAAAUCAUAUCAAGGUUGAUGCUACCAUCAAUAAUCAAAUUCACUGUACUCUUGCAAAAACGAGCAAAUCCAAAAAGAAGAAUUCACCAAAAGCAUUCCCAGAGUAUCUGUAUCGUCACAAAUUUGACACUGUAUUUGGAGCUUCAGCUACGGAUCAAGGCAUUGAGACCAUUGGAGAAAUACUAUUGUGUCGAAUGAAAGGACCCAAUGGCAGCGAUGGGUUCUAUCAUGUUGAAGAGAGAGUAUCUUUGAUUUAA